GUAAAACAUUUCAAUUCCUAAACAUUUCCUGGGCCAUUUUCAUAUUUCACCUUUUUCCAUUCUGUCCUAAACGCCCUGAACGUCCUAAACGUCCUGAACGUCCUAAACGUCCUAAACGUCCUAAACGUCCUAAACGUCCUAAACGUCCUGAACGUCCUAAACAUCCUAAACAUCCUAAACGUCCUAAACGUCCUAAACGCCCUAAAAGUUCUAAACGUCCUAAACGUCCUGAACGUCCUGAACGUCCUGAACGUCCUGAACGUCCUAAACGUCCUAAACGUCCUGAACGUCCUGAACGGUCCCAGGAAAAAAAAUUCAUAAAAAAAUUAGAUGGGAAUUUUCGUGGAUGA